AUCAUCCGCUUCUUCCGCAGUAGCAAACGGGAAGAACAAGUUACAAGCAAUUCAAGCCAUCUCGAGUCGUGUAGGGUCUCGUUCGAGUAGUCACAUUGAUUAGCAAUGGAUCUCAGGAUGAUGGGCUUCGACUCCCCGGUCUUCUCGGCGCUCCAGCACAUGAUGGACCUGCCAUCGGAUGAGUCGUCUGAGAAGUCUUCCGUCAAUGCCCCGUCUCGGGCCUAUGUGAGGGAUGCAAGGGCGAUGGCGUCCACCCCAGCAGAUGUGAAGGAGUACCCGAACUCCUAUGAGUUCGUGAUCGACAUGCCCGGGCUCAAGUCUGGUGACAUCAAGGUCCAGGUCGAGGACGACAAUGUGCUGACAAUCAGCGGGGAGAGGAAGCGGGACGAGGUGAAGGAAGGGGAGAAGUACCUGAGGAUGGAGCGGCGGGUCGGGAAGUUCAUGAGAAAGUUCGUGCUGCCUGAGAAUGCAAACACCGAUGCUGUUUCGGCGGCUUGCAAGGAUGGCGUGCUGACUGUGACCGUGCAGAAGCUGCCCCCGCCCGAGCCCAAGAAGCCCAAGACUAUCGAGGUGAAGAUUGCAUGAGCAGGUUCGUUGUGCUCGGAUCUGAAUAUGUUUUAUGAUGACGUGGAGUGCGGAUGGGGGGAUGUACGGAUUCUGGUGUGGCGGAUUUUGAUAAAUAAUUAGAUGGGAGAGCUGGCUUGGGAGAGCUGGCUUGUCUGUGUGCCGUUGCCCGUUCCAUGAUGUUAUGUAUGGGUCUUAGUGUGCGAGUUGUUUUGAUGUGUCUCAUGGAAUAUAUGAAUAUUAAGUUCGGUUUGUGUUAAGACAAUCUAGCUUGUUUAUUUCAUAUA